GUAAUCAAACAUUUCUUAUGAACCAAUUGAAAUAAAUACACGCCCACACUCCGAAAUGGCAUUGACUUUACAAACUUGCUGAAAUCCCAAACAUCCUGUAUGCCCACGGAGUUUGACAAUACUACCAAACCGUCUUCCUCUACAACAAGCUCAUUCAAGCCUAUUCUUCUCAUGGGCUUUCUAACCAGUGUUUCUCUCUCUAUAUCCAGAUGCGCUGUCAAGGCUGCUCCCCUAACCACACUCCUUCACGUUCCUCUUCGCCGCAAGCGCCAAUCGUUCUAGCCCCAUUCAAAGCUAAAUGUUCAUGUUCGUUUCAUCAAAUGGGGUUUUGAAUUUGAAAUUUACAUGUUAAAUGCACUUGUUGACAUAUAUGCUAAAAUGGGGUUGAAACGAAGGAUGUGCCUACUUGGAAUUCUUUGAUUGCGGGGUAUGCCAAGAAUGGAAAUGUGGAAGAAGCUUUCAAGUUGUUUUCGGAAAUGCCUUUGAGGAAUGUGAUUUCUUUGACUCUGAUGAUCUGUGGAUGUUCAUAAAAUAGGAAGUAUGUGGAUGCACUACCUGUUUACAAGGAAAUGGAGAAAGCUGGAGGGGUAAAGCCUAAUGAAGUUAAGAUUUCUAGUGUUCUUUUAGCUUGUGCGAAUCUUAUGGCACUGGAGGUUGGGGAGAAGAUUAAAGUUUAUGCAAGAGCAAGUGGAUACUUUAAGAAUAUGUUUGUUUGUAAUGCUGUGCUUGAAAUGUAUACAAAGUGUGUUAGAAUUGAUAGGGCAAUGCAACUCUUUCACGAGAUUGGUAGGAGGAGGAACUUGUGUUCUUGGAAUACCAUGAUCAUGGGGUUAGCUGUCCAUGGAAAAAGUGAUUAAGCUCUUAAACUUUUCAAUCAAAUGCUGGUAACCCUUUGCAAAUAUUCUCUUUGUUCCUCUUUACCGUUGUUGAGCUUAUCAAACAUCCAAUUACAGCAGCAAGCAUGAGCUUUUAUAUUGGAAUUUACACGAGUGUUGUGCUGUCGACACAGUGAUACAAGAUCAUUAGGCUCCACUCCUUUGGGAUUGAUGCUUCAAGGAUCACAUCUAUGGAUCCAAGAUUUGGUUGUCUUAGGGGAACAAAUACAUGUGUGGAUGAUAUCUUGGAGCGCGGGAGAAGCUACAUUUUAUGAUGUCAUCACGGGAGCAUUGAGCCACGACUUGUUUGGAAGACUGCGUGGGCUUUGAGAGAGCAUGGAUGCCCAUGACAUUAUUUUGGGCUUUGGGUCACUUUUGGGCCCAAUAGCUUUUAGGGUCACUUUUGGGCCCAUUGUGUAGUAAAGACCCAUGGCCUAUAAAUAGCUAGUUUGUCUUCAUUUUAAGGAGAUGAUUUUGAAUGAUGAAUUAAAAUACGCUUGAGAGUGUUUAGUUGUAACUUGUUGGGAGUUACAUUGAAUGUGAGAAACGUGGGUUGCUCGGGUCCAUUCCCGCGAGGUCCCCGUAAGAGGUUGGUGCUUGUGACAUUUCAAUAGGAAGGUCUUCGGGUUUGAUAUACCCUUAGAUUGUCCUCUCUUUAUCUCAUUGUGUCAAUCUAUCUAUCCAUUUUAUUUUCUAUCUUGUUUCUUUGUUUUUAGUGUUUUCCAUUAUUUGUGUGACGUUUCAAUUUUAGUAUUUUUGACUUGUAUCACACAGGGAGAAGGAAAUGCACCUGAUGAUGUAACAUUUGUUGGAGCAAUCUUAGCAUGCACACAUGCUGGCAUGGUGGAGAAGGGCUGGGAAAUCCUCAAAAGUGAUGGAGAGAAGAUUCUCCAUAGCUCCAAAAUUAGAACACUAUGGCUGUAUGGUUGAUCUCUUAGGCCGGGCUGGGAGAUUGCAGGAAGCUUAUGAUCUUAUACAAAGCAUGCCAAUGAGACCUGAUAAUGUUAUAUGGGGAAAUCUGCUUGGAUCCUGUAGUUUCCAUGGCAAUGUUGAACUGGCUGAACAAGCAGUCGAAUUCCUUUCUUUGUUGGAGCAAAGGAAUCUUGGGAAUUAUGUUAUUCUCUCAAAUAUAUAUGCAAGAGCUGGUCUGUGGGAUGGUGUUCCAAGGUUUAGGAAACUGAUGAAGUCCUCCCAGAUUACAAAAGCAGCAGGGUACAGCUUCAUCGAGGAAGGAGGUGAUAUUCAUAAGUUUGUAGUAGAGGAUAAAUACCAUCCAAAAUCAAAUGAGAUACAUGCACUUCUGAAGGCACCACUAGAUUGAAAUUUGUUGUAAGCAACAUUGAUAUUGAUUUGGAUUCUAUGGUUGAAUAGAAUUGUAGUAAAAAAAUCUGAACGGUUUUUGGACCUACAUUUCUCCCCUUCCUAUUUUGUCUCUAGUGAAGUAAUUUCCUCCUUACCACCAACUUGAAUCACAAACAAUUCAAGCUAUGAAUGUUUCUGAAAAUCAGGGUGUGGUAAAGCUUGAAGUGUCCAACUCCCUCCUUGCUGUCAUCACUAGUUCCGCACUAACAGCAACACGAAAAGAAAAGAGAGAACUACAACUAUAGCAAUGACUGAGGAAAUAUACAUGUUAAAGCACCAAACCAAAAACGGUCACUUAAGUCCAUGAAAAUCUGCGUAAGAUGGCAGAGACAAUUAUAAAAGAAUAAUACAAACUAGAACUUAUAAUACAUGAAAAAACCUCUUAGAAAGGAUCAGGUAAAAAACAACAGGUUUUGCUUCAGAAACCUUGAAUUUUGUGGUAACAAGAAGCCUUCCAAGGCAUGUGCAGGCGACAUAGCGUCCAGAGUUCCUCAACAAUGUCACCCCAAAAAGAUUUUCAUUUCUGGAAAAUAUACAUGAAUUCCCACAUAACUUGCAUAUCUACUCAAAGAAAACCUCCUUUAAUCAAUAAAAUCAAGCAUAUACAAAUACAUUAUGCAGCUUUUAGUUUAGUUCUUCUUCUCCUACUCCCCACAAAUUUGAGGACUUCAUCAAUAAGAAUAACUGGUGCAGAAAGCAAGAUGACUAGAAGCCAUCCAUUUAGGCUUAGUGGGACAAUACCAAAUAUAUCUGCUAGGAAGGAACAUAGAGUAUCAGGCUAUGUAGGCCAAACGAGGCUGAUACUCUAUUAUUAUCCUUGACAAUACCAAAUAUUCCGGUCUUCAUGUCCUUGACAAAAAAACUAGAGUCAGUAAAGUGAAUAAAACAAUUAUUAUCCACACAUAAGCGUUGAAUAGAAAGUAGAUUUUUAGUGAGGGUUGGGACAUAUAAUACAUUCUUUAAAAGAAGAGGUUUAGAGGUUGUUGAAAGAGUAGAAGAGCCAAUAGAUUUAAUUGGGAGAAGAGUACCAUCUCUAACAAUAACUUGAGA